UCGCAGUCUCGCCAAGCUCGCCAAGAAAGUGUCCGGUUCCACGGUGUACUCCGUUGCAAGUGUCGAACUUCGCACUUGAAAUGGUACAUACUAACCCGAGCGACCGCCUGAAACCCACCUAAACUGCAAUCCAUCUCGCUAAUAAGGUACCUUAUCCAUCCAAUGCAGCUCCUCCAACUUCCUCCAGAACUGCUCCUCCACACCUUCGAGUACCUGGGAUCGGCCUUUUUCCGCGAAGAUCUCAGCCGCCUGACGAUUUCACGGCGCUGGUAUGAUUUCGCCUGGCCGACCCUGGUCCGGAAUCUCGAGUUGACUUCCAAGUCGCUUGUAAAAUUCUUGGACAACAACGCAAUCAUCCGCCACAGUCGGCCCUACAUCGCGGGAGUCAGCGUAUACCUAUAUCGUCCACUAGGGGCCCCUCCCGCCUAUGCCAUCUUUCCUAGGAGUCAAGAUGUGCAAUCCGCCUGUACCUUAGCUGCCGUCCUACACCAAUGUCCUGGUCUGAGACGCUUGAAGCUCUGCCUGGAGCCUUACUGCGUUGAUGACGACCUGAUGGUCAAACCUCUGACCGACUUUCUCUCCAUCCGCCAUAUUACCUCUUUGGAGUUCGACGUUUCCGGGUGGCCCGCAGCAUGCUCGAGAAAAAUCAAUGUUCAUCUCUGCAAAACCAUCAAUUUGCUGCUUCCGUCACUCCGUCGCCUACGCUGCCGAAUGGACUGGGUGUGCGAGAGACUGCUGAGGGCGCCGGAAGACGCCAAGACGCCCCUCCACUUGGAGGAGCUGAUCGUCAACCUGAGCAUCCCCGAGUUGUACGACAACGACUACAUUGGCUAUAUACCUAGGCACUGCACCUGGAGGCCUGGUCACGGCACUCAUAGGUCUGCAUAUAAUGCACUCAAGGCGACGAUGGAGAGCGCGGCGGCAGCGAUUGCGUCCAGACUCAAAGGCCCUCGCAUGGUGAGGGUGAUAUCGCACGUGCUUCCAAGUUAUGAUAUAUCUGCCUUUGACGCCAUCACCGGGCGCCGAAUGCGGUUGGGCUCUAGGUGCGAAGACGACUGGGAGAUAUUUUUUCAGGGCGAUGGAACGCCAGGAGGGUAG